AUGGAGGCGGAGGCGGCCCGCACCUGCCUCACCUGCAUGGCGUCCUACUGCGAGGAGCACCUGCGGCCCCACCGGGAGAACCCGGUGUUCCGGCCCCACCAGCUGGCCGAGCCGGUGGGGGACCUGGCGGAGCGCGUGUGCCCCCACCACCACAAGCUGCUGGAGCUGUUCUGCCGGCAGCACGGGAGCCCCGUCUGCAGCCUCUGCCUGCAGCAGGGACACAGGGCCUGCUCCUUCUGCUCCCCCGAGGAGCAGCGCCGCCGCCGGGAGGACUCUGCCGCCCAGAGGAAAGGAGCCCUUUCGGCUGAGUUCCAGCUCAUGCGGGAUCUGCUGAGCGGGGAGGAGCAGGUUGCUCUGGGCCUGGUGGACCAGGAGGUGGAGAGCGGCCGCACCAAGAUCCGGGGGCUGGUGUCCAAGUUCACCGAGAACAUCGACAACAUGAACAAAGCCAAGCAGGACAUCCAGGCCCAGCUGAACCGGUCCCGCACGCUGGGCUUCCUCCAGGCAUCCUUCACCCUUCCCCAGGCGGUGAACUUUGACCCCUACACCCCUCGGCUCAGCCUGGACUCCAAGAAGGUGCUGUCCUCUGAGGCCUUCGCCGCCGGCCUGCACAGACAUCUGACCCACAUCCUCCAGCAGCCCGUCGAGGCCAGAAUACUCAGAGCAGAAAGCAGCAAAAAGCCGGCCCAGCCCCCCGCGGACGCGAUGGGGAAAGCGAAACUGAACAAAUCCAUAGAUAAUCUGUUGAACUUUGGGGAGGUCAGACCCAGAGGACGCACCCCUUCUGCUGAGCCCAGAGAGCUGCCAGAUCAUUCAGACUCUCUGACAAAAGAUAUUUCUACUGCAGAGAAAAGAGCGGAGCUUCUGAAAUAUGGCAGCGUGCUGACCUUUGACCCCCGGACGGCCCACAAGCGCAUCGCGCUGAGCGAAGGCUUCACCAAGGCCUCGGUGUCCGACGAGCACAUGGACUACCCGGACUGCGCCCAGCGGUUCUCCGUCUGCUCCCAGGUGCUCACCUCCAAGGGCUUCUCCGCCGGGCGCCACUACUGGGAGGUCCGGCUGAGCAGCAACAACUUCACCGGCCUGGGCCUGGCCUACGGCAGCAUCGACCGCAAGGGCCCCGCCAGCCGUUUGGGCCGCAACCACCUGUCCUGGUGCGUGGAGUGGUUCAACGUGAAGCUGUCCGCCUGGCACAGUAGCAGCGAGACGGUGCUGGCCAACCCCAGCCCCAAGCGCGUGGGCGUGCUGCUGGACUGCGACCAGGGCCGGGCCACCUUCUACAACGUGGCCGACAGGGCCUACCCCUUCCACAGCUUCCAGUUCCCCUGCACCGAGCCCGUCUAUCCGGCCUUCUGGAUGUUCUCAAGCGGCUCCUUCAUCACCAUAUGCAAGCUGCAGUAG